AGAGCGGCCCACGCGCAACUGGCCCCUAGCGGCCCUUGUCGGCCGGGGGCUCGGCUCCAGAGCCGCAGCCUCUGGCGCUGUGGAGAGCCCCUGUCCUAGCGCCUGGACGUUCCGCACCAGCGGCAGCGACUGGACCCCAGCGCCUCGGACACACAACCUAAAACACUAGCCUAGCCCUGCUUGUUCUCCGGGUCCCUCCUGCCGCGGAAAGGCUCGGCACGCCCCUCUGCAAUGCAGCUUCAGGAGACUGCACAGACCCCCCGGAGUUGCCACGUCCCGGUAGCAAAAGCUGCAAGGACAAUUCUUGUGUCACCUUAACAAUAAAAGUAAAUGUUAAUGUAUCUGAUCACCUCUCAGUCAGCACUCUAUAAACAUUUGGCCCGGAACUAGCUACCUUAGUCAGAUCUCGUCUUCCCUUGGGAGGGAGAGAGCAUUGGCAGUUGCUGGGUAAUUUGAAGACUACUGUGGAGGGUUUGGUGUCAGCCAACUGCCCCAAUGUCUGGUCCAAGUAUGGUGGCCUGGAGCGGCUAUGCAGGGACAUGCAGAGCAUUCUGUAUCAUGGGCUCAUCCAUGACCAGGUGUGUUGUCGACAGGCGGAUUACUGGCCGUUUGUGAAAGACAUUCGGUGGCUCAGUCCGCACUCAGCCCUUCAUGUUGAGAAGUUCAUCAACUUGCAUGAGAAUGGCCAGAGCAGUGCUGAUGUGAGCGAUCGUGCUGUUGCAGAGCUCUGGCUGCAGCACAGCCUGCAGUGCCACUGCCUCUCGGCCCAGCUCCGGCCUCUGCUUGGGGACAGACAGUAUAUCAGAAAAUUCUACACAGAAACUGCUUUCCUGCUAAGUGACGCCCACGUCACAGCCAUGCUGCAGUGCCUGGAAGCAGUGGAACAGAACAACCCCCGUCUCCUGGCUCAGAUUGAUGCGUCUAUGUUUGCCAGAAAGCACGAGAGUCCACUGCUGGUUACCAAGAGCCAGAGUCUGACCGCUCUGCCUGGCUCCACAUAUACCACUCCAGCCAGCUGUGCUCAGCAGUCCUACUUCGGGUCCUCCUCUAACCUGCAGCAGUCCAUGCCCCACCACAGCUCAGAGAGAAGAUCCACUUCCUUUUCACUUUCUGGCCCUUCCUGGAAACCUCAAGAAGACAGAGACCUCCUCUCACCAGCAGAGAGUCAAACUGACCAAGCUCCACUGCUUCCAGACCCAGCUCUAGCCCAGGAUUCCCCACUGACCACACAUGAGAUGAGUUCCAGUACUCUUACUAGCCCCAUAGAGGCAUCCUGGGUCAGCAGCCAAAAUGACUCCCCAAGUGAUGCCAGUGAGGGGCCCGAGUACCUGGCCAUCGGCAACCCAGACCCCCAUGGCCGGACUGCCAGUUGUCAGAGCCACAGCAGCGACGCCGAGAGUAGCGGCUCUCACUUGUUCUCCUCCAGCAGUUCUCAGAAACCAGAUUCUGCUGCUUCUUCUUUAGGGGACCAAGAGGCAGGUAGGCAGAGUCAGCCAGGCAGUGUCCUUCGCAGGUCCAGCUUCUCAGAAGGGCAGACAGUCUCUGUCGCCAGCGGGACAAAGAAGAGCCAUAUUCGCUCCCAUUCGGAUACCAACAUUGCCUCCAAAGGAGCCACAGGAGGCCCCAGGAAUAUCACCAUUAUAGUUGAAGAUCCCAUUGCAGAGGGUGCUCAGGACCUGUGCUCAGGGGAAGGCAUGUUUCGAAGACCAUCAGAAGGACAGUCCCUCAUCAGUUACCUCUCCGAGCAAGACUUUGGCAGCUGUGCAGACCUGGAAAAGGAGAACGCUCACUUCAGCAUCUCAGAGUCCUUGAUUGCAGCCAUCGAGCUGAUGAAAUGCAAUAUGAUGAGCCAGUGUCUAGAGGAGGAGGAAGUAGAGGAGGAAGACAGUGACAGGGAGAUCCAGGAACUGAAGCAGAAGAUCCGUCUUCGGCGCCAGCAGAUCCGCACCAAAAACCUGCUCCCCGCAUACCAGGAGACUGAGCAUGGAAGCUUCCGGGUCACCUCCAGCAGCUCCCAGUUCAGCUCUCAUGACUCCACACAGUUCUCGGACUCUGGCUCUGCUGAUGAUGUUGACGAGUUUGAAAUCCAAGAUGGUAGUGAAGGCUCUAACCUGACUCACAUGUCCAAGAGUGGACUCUCAGUGUCAAUGGCCUCCAUGUUCUCAGAUGCUGACAUCAGGAGGAGUGCAGUCUCAAACGGGAAAUCAUCCAUCUCCCAGAACUUCUCCCAUUGCUUCCUGCACUCCACAUCCGCUGAGGCAGUGGCCAUGGGGCUUCUGAAGCAGUUCGAGGGCAUGCAGCUCCCAGCUGCCUCGGAGCUAGAGUGGCUAGUUCCAGAGCACGAUGCCCCGCAGAAGCUCCUGCCUUUCCCCGACUCACUGCCCAUCUCACCAGAUGACGGGCAGCAUGCGGACAUCUACAAGCUUCGUAUCCGUGUCCGUGGCAACCUGGAGUGGGCUCCACCCCGGCCUCAGAUCAUUUUUAAUGUUCAUGCAGCCCCGACGAGGAAGAUUGCUGUGGCAAAGCAGAAUUACCGUUGUGCAGGCUGUGGCAUCCGGACUGACCCUGAUUAUAUCAAACGGCUGCGGUACUGUGAGUACCUGGGCAAGUACUUCUGUCAGUGCUGCCACGAGAACGCCCAGAUGAUCAUCCCCAGCCGGAUUCUGCGCAAGUGGGACUUCAGCAAGUACUACAUCAGCAACUUUUCCAAGGACCUGCUCAUUAAGAUCUGGAAUGAUCCUCUCUUCAAUGUGCAGGACAUCAACAGCGCCCUCUAUAGGAAGGUCAAGCUGCUCAAUCAAGUCCGGCUGCUGCGAGUUCAGCUGUACCACAUGAAGAACAUGUUUAAGACCUGCCGACUGGCCAAAGAGCUUUUGGAUUCCUUUGACGUAGUUCCAGGCCACCUGACAGAGGAUCUCCACCUGUACUCACUGAACGACCUGACUGCGACCAAGAAGGGGGAGCUGGGGCCCCGGCUGGCUGAGCUCACCAGAGCAGGAGCUGCCCAUGUAGAGAGAUGCAUGCUGUGCCAAGCCAAGGGCUUCAUUUGUGAGUUCUGCCAGAAUGAGGAUGAUGUCAUCUUUCCUUUUGAGCUACAUAAAUGCCGGACCUGUGAAGAGUGUAAAGCAUGUUACCAUAAAGCUUGCUUCAAGUCUGGAAGCUGUCCCCGGUGUGAGCGGCUACAGGCCCGGCGGGAGUUGCUGGCCAAGCAGAGCCUGGAGUCCUACCUGUCAGACUACGAGGAGGAGCCCACAGAAGCCUUAGCUCUAGAGGCCACCGUCCUGGAGACCACCUGAGGAAAGGACCUAACUCUUUGUAUAAGGGGCUGGCUACGGUCAAACGAUACAGAACUGAGCCAUACCUUCAAGGAAGGUGGUGGACUUUUUAAAAAAAUACAUUGUCAUUUUUUUUUUAUGAGACUUGUCUGCUGUCCAGGUGUAGGCACCCUUUAUUGGUUGAUGGGUCCAGUCUGUUGUGACAGUAUCUGUAUGCAUUGGGUAUUUCCAUCAGAACUGCCACUUGGAGUGCCUCUUGUCAGGGGAGUGGACAGCGAGCGAGACCCAGUUCUUCUGACAAGCUUGGCCUGUCCUGCUAGGACCAGAUCUGAUUGCAGCUGCAGCCCGGCUCAUUCCCACUCUUGACUUAGUUCCCCAGCUGCUGAGACAGGGGAAUGUCCCAGUCCCGAAAGAGAACAAGACUGUGCCCUGAGGCCAGGAAGAGAAUGGGGCUACACGGUGGACAUUCUGUACAACUUACAUGGUCACUGAGGGACUGGUAAGAACACAAUCAUUGCUGUCCUGGAAUCCUUGGAGACCUCGAGGAGGCAAACACAGUUUCCCUGUUUCAAGUACACCAGGCGUCAGUGGACACAAGCUGGCCUGUGUACUCUGAUGGGCUUGAAGCAAAGAACAGACCUGAAUCUUAGGCCAGGCCCAUUUGUGGCCAACACCACACACAGAAGUGAGGCUGCAGCUGGUGCCUGAGGCAUGUUUAUUCAGAUAGAGGAUAAUGGCCGCCUCUUGGGUGUCGGUCUCUCCGUUAACUAGCUUGAGUGCAGGUGCACGUCAAGCUCAGGCAAGUCUCUCGUGCCAACCUAAGGUGAGGAUAGAAACCCCACCCACCAUCUUAACAGUGGGUUCCUUACUGCUCUGUGUGAUUAUGUGACCCAACUCCAUUCUCUGUCCCCUUUCCCCAGCAGAGUGGGGCCCUCCCGUUGACUGACCUCUUGCCUUAGGUUCUUUUCUCAGUUGAGAGAAGCCUGCCCACUUAGUAGCAUUGGAAAACUCAACAGUUUGUGAAUGUUUCUGUUUGUUCAGAGGAACAGGAGCCUUUAUGCCAUUUAUGCACUUAACUCUUCAGCCUCGGUAAUGUAUGUUAAGUCAUCUGUUCAUAUUACUAAUUUUAACAGACUCCUCCCAUCACUUAAUGUGCAUUUUAUGGGGUUUCCUAGACUAAGCCAGACACUUGCUGUAGCUCUGUAAACACUAGUCGGAGUUACAUCUCAGAUCCUGGCAGUUCUGGGAACUGAUGUCCACAGUGCUUUUGUUCUAGAACUGACUUCUUCCAUAUACCUGUCUUCCUGUGCUAGUGAAAUAAUUGGCCCAAGCACUGCCCCAAGAAGCCAAAGUUGCACGUGGUUGGUGCAAGCCAGCAGGUUCUGAGCUGGAGGGAACAAGGGAUCUCCCAGAGGUUCAGAAUGGACUGAUAUAACAGCCACACUGAGCUCUGGCAGAGGAAGAGGAACAUGUCAGAGCUGGCCCAUGGUUUGGUUCCUGUGCCUCACAUGUGGGAGCUGACAACAGUAUUGGACAGGUGACUAGUAUUGGACAGUUGGUGGUGAGACAGAAAGCUGAGGCCAAGACCGCUCUGAAGGGCUGGGUAGAAAUCCCCCUUCCUUCAAGGAGAUUUAGGAAUGACGCCUUCAAACUCAAGUGCCACUGAGUCAGACCAUGGAUUCAGACCCUGACUCCGCUUCCAGUUUGUGGCUGACUUCCAGCUGCUCACUCUAAGUCACCACACUGGAGGAGACUGCCACCACCCACACCCCCAUCAACACAGGCUCAAGCUGGCCUCAGCCACUGCACUGAGUUUCAAUGUCCCCCACCCCCACCCUGUCCCUUUAGAUCACAUGUCUUUUAGUGCCCCCGAUUCUGUGCUGUCAUUACGUCCAAAUACAUGUGUUUAUUUAUUUGGGAGGGGGGAGAGGGACAGAGGGGAUGUUGGGAAAGCACUUUGUCACUUGACAGUAUCUGAGAAUCCCCUGCUGUGGAGAUUCUGAAUGCACUGAAGAGAGCUUGCUGGAGGAGGCGGGAGGGAAGCAUCCUCUCUGUAUAAAGGGAAGCAUUUGCUCCUGAGGUGGAGACAAGCUCCAAGGCACCUAGAGACAAGGAAGCCUAGUGCUCUGCACUUAGGAGGCUCCUACUAACUCCCUCUGCUGAGGGUUGAGAGCUUGGCUGAACUAAUAGAAAAGAUGCAAGAGUCUAAAUAAAAACAUCUGUUUCUGUACAACUUGUGUCUUGAACUGGAUUUUCACCUGCUGUAUUUCGUGUACAUCCUAACAGUUCAUGGUCAUCUUUAAUAAACUAAGGACAUGAAA